GGUUUUAGUUUGAAGCUUUAUUGUGUUUUUAAGCCAAAAAACUAAAUCAGGAAAGUAGCACUAUACGUGGCGUUUUAACAACAAAUGAACUAAGACCCGAAGAUGACGGAAAACGCACGUGACACCGUCGGAAAUCGACGCACGCGAUCUCAAGCGGCUCCGGACUGGACCGUAACGGAAUCUCUCAUUCUCGUCAACGAAGUCGCCGCGGUUGAAGCCGAAUGUUCCGUUAAUCUAUCGUCUUACCAGCGGUGGGAAAUCAUAGCCGGAAACUGCGCCGCCUUGGAUGUCGAUCGGAACUUGGCUCAGUGUCGUCGGAAGUGGUGCUCUCUUCUCUCUGAGUACGACGAUUUCAGAAGAAGAAGAUCUUCCUCGAAUUUGGAUCUUGAAUUGUUUACUGCUGUUGAGCGUGUUGUUAAAGGAAGAGAACAACGAGGGGAAGUUGAUCGUGAAAGUGAUCCUGAAACGGAGAAGAAUGAGGACGUCGAUGCCACCGUUGAAAUUGGACCCAAAAGAAAAAAGCAGCGAUGUAAAUCUGAGAGAUACUGCAUUCAAAAUCCUAAGAACUGCUGGCCAGUUGAGUCUUCAAAAAAUCUGAAAGAAAAACAGGUGCAUGAGGACAACCACGAAGAAGAGCCUGAACAUAAUGAUUUAGAAGAUGAGUAUUUGAAAGACUUCCUAGAAAAGAAAUCUAAGUUGAAAAGUCCUGCAAAAAGGCGUCCAAAGAACAUAGAGAAGCCGCAUAAAAGCCUAGCCAAAGUAGACGAAAACCAUGAUAUUGAAAAGCCAAAGCCGAUUAGUGUAGGAAACAUAACAAUUAACAGUGAAGAUAACGAGGAAAUGUUGACUCUGAAAUUGCAAGAGUUGGCAAUAGAGAUUCAAGAGAUUACUGCUGAAUCAGUAGACUGUAAGGAAGCUAACUCGGAGAAUAUAGUGGACUACCAUACUGAAUUUACGAGACGCCAAGGGGACAAGCUCAUAGCAAGGCUAGGGAAUUUCUCUAACACCCUCAAGCAACUAUUUGAUCUUCUCCAAGAGUGUAAAUGAAGAUUUUAAUUUGAUUUUGAUGAUUAUUUUUUCCCUUGUUAGUGAAUGAAUGAAUGCAGCAUAGGAGAAUGCUGUUUAUAAUUGUGAUCAUUUCCUUUUGAGAUUCAUUUAUCUACAAAACUAGCUGCAAUUUUAAUGUUAC